AUUCAAAUGUCACACGCCUACACUCUCCACAUAAUGAAUACUCAAAAAUCAAAUCCAAAAUACACAUUUUCGAUAAGAAGUCAAGAAAAUAGCAAGGACCGCACUAUCAAGUUUUAGAGUUAGGCACAAGGAACAGUGAUCAUGGAAUACAAUCGCCAGCCGUGUCCCAUCAGGAUUGUGGAGGAUUGUGGAUGCGCCUUCAUGAUGGGCACCAUUGGAGGAUCGCUGUUCGAGUUCAUCAAGGGUUUCCGCAAUGCUCCUUCCGGCUUAAGGCGCGGACUGUACGGCGGCUUUGAUUCGGUGAAGAUGAGGACUCCGUCCAUUGCCGGCAGCUUUGCCAUUUGGGGUGCCACCUUCAGCACGUUCGACUGCGUCAUGGUCUCCUAUCGCCAGCGGGAGGAUGCCUGGAACUCGAUUAUCAGUGGAGCAGCCACGGGCGGGAUUUUGGCUGCCCGCAAUGGCAUUCGAGCCAUGGCCAACAGUGCCUUCGUGGGCUGUCUGGUCUUGGCCAUGAUUGAAGGAGCCGGAGCAGCAGUGGCCACCAUCAAUGCAGCCGACGGACAGGCAGUGAUAACCUUCGAUGUCCAGCAUCCACAACGGGCCCAGUGGGAGUCUUCAAUGGAGGCUCUGGAUCCGAAAGAUCCCUCUUUCUCGCAAGACUACGCCGUGGCGGAGUUCGAGCGCGUGCUGGACAAAUGUCGGGCAUACAGAGCCCGUAAUAAUAUCCUGCAGGACCUUUCUUCGAGUGCAGUCGAUGGUCAGGAACGGAACCCAAUAGAGAAGCCAGCACACUCUCUUUUGGAUCUGGUCAAAUUGGCCGGUAUUUUCUAAGAUCCCCCUAUUGUCGUCAAAGAGUUUUUAUGUUUAUUCAAUCAUUCGUUUUCGAGGUCGCUCAACCAAAUUAUUUGCAUGUCUUAAUAUUGUCCCUUGUUUUGUUGAUCGUAUAAAAAUUAAGAAAAUCGGCUAAAGUCGAGUAUCCCCUG